AUCGUCUCUUCCUGGUUCUAAAUAUUAGUUCAGACUAUAAUGGCAAGGCUUACUAGUUUGUUACCUUUUUUGUUGGUAUAUUUUUCGAUAGUAUUUUCACAGGAGUCUGUUCGUUUUAAAAAGGUUAGAUGGGAUCUUCAUAGAUAUAAACGAUCCGAGCAAGCUUUUUGUGCAAUCAGAGAAGAUCCACAGUGUUGUUUGGGUUCACCAUGCUGCAGUGUUUCAUUACAUGGCAUAUCCUGUUGUUGUGAUGAGGCCUGUAUAUCGUAUAAUGAUUGCUGUCCUGAUUACAUAAGUACUUGUCAGGCAGGGCCGUGUAACCAGUACACCCUCAUUGAAAAUGAAGAAAAGAGGUCUGCGGGAUAUAUUACGCAUAUUUCAAAAGAUAUACCCAUCAGUGAUGAAUUAUUAAAUGAAACAUGGUACAGAGUAAUAAGUGACAAUGGAGAAAUAAUGCCUACAUAUCCUCCUGGUACAUUGCAUUGUGGUACAAUUAACCCAAUCUGGCUAAAUGGCUCGUUGCCAAACGAAGGGGAAGAAAAUGUGACACUAGUUGCUUGUAAGCAGACACAAAACGACGUUUGUGAAGAAGAAAUCGACAUAAAAAUUAUGAACUGUUCUGGGGGAUUUUAUGUUUACUAUUUACCUAAUACGACGACAAACUCAGCCUAUUGCUUUGGAGAUGGCCCCGUUCUCUGUGACGAUGGUUUGUCAUCUGAAUCCGGAUAUUAUCCAGGGUGCACAUCAUCAUUUCCAAAUGAGACAAUUUUACCUGAAGUGGAGUCCAUACUGAUAGAUGGACCAAAGUUCAACAUACCAAAUUACACUCCUACACCAAGCCUUAUACCAGUGUUCAGAUGUAAAUUCGAAGAUAUUUCUAAUGGAACUUAUGUUUACGAUGUGAAUUGGUAUAUAAAUGGACACAAUUUAACGAUGUACAAAAAUAUGGAAUUUGAUAACAUCAACAGCACUUACUUAAUGAGUUCAGAUUGGCGUGAAAAAUAUCAAAUGAAUAUGGAGGUAACAUGCUCAGUAAGGGUCCGAAAUACAGUUGGUGCAGUGCCAAGUCCAUUUUAUAAAAGUAAAGUUUUCCAUGCAGGUUUUUAUCCAGAAAAGUAUGCAUAUACUGUAAUUGAGGGUGAACACAUUGACAUACCAUUCACUUCAACUGUUCAAGUUGCUUGCAUUGCUUCUCAUCCAAAUAUUCAAGAAAAUUGCAACCAGAAUUUCUACAUUUUUCAACCUAAGUAUCAACAUAAUACGGCAGCAUGUAUGAAUAAUAUUGCCAGAAGGGAUCUUGUAUUUGAAGCACAGUUUUGUGGAAUCAAACUAGGAAAUCUUGAUUGGAAUCAGACAAAGUACCUUAAAGUAUAUGGGUUUAGUGAUGGUCUAUAUAACUCUGAAGACAGGUCAACAUAUAUUCGAGUCUCUACAAAAUCCGUUUCCGUUUUUAAUGAAUUCUGGAAAGACAUAAAGAUACCAGAUAUCAAGGUUACUGUUGUAGAUAAAGAUUCCACCCUUACUAGUAGGUUGUGUCAAUCAUACAACGAUCCACACAUAACAACAUUUGAUGGAAAAUAUUAUGACUAUAUGGAUGUUGGUGAAUACGCUAUGUAUAGAAAUAGCAGAGGACCAUAUUGGGUUCAUGCUUUAUUUACUAAUUGUGCCUCUGGUUUGCCCGGUGCAUCCUGUCAUUGUGGUGUAGCAGUUCGAAGCAGAAAUUCAUUGUUUGUUCUAAGGACAUGUGCAAGAAUAUCUCGUGACAAUGUGUAUUUACUUCAACAGCCUCACACUGAAAUCCAAACAUGUGAUGAAAAUGAUCUGUCAAUAGAACACAAUGGCAACAAUUACAAGAUUACUUUGCCAAUUGGUACUGAAAUACAAUUUACCGUUUCCUACUCCAAAUUUAUAACUCGAAUUUCCAUAAAACCUUCGAUCUACGACAUCAAUGAAUCAAGAGGACUAUGUGGAGUUCUGAGUGUAACAAAAGAUAACUCCGACGAUCUCACACAUCGUCAAUUGGGACCAGUCACUAACAUUAAAAGUUUUGGAGAUUCUUGGAGAAUUGAUCCUAUAGUCAUGAAAGACGAACAACUUUUUGUGAACGAACCUUCUUUUCAAACACAAAGUAUUGUCAUUAUCGAUACUCCGGAAAAAACAUCUCAAACCAAUGGCACUGCGCAAUAUUGUGUCUGUGACCAGGAGGCCAAACCGACUGAUGAUCUGGAUCAGUUUUAUACAGUUCAGUGUAAUUUGUCGGAAAGCACACAAUAUUGUUCAUCGGAUGACCAAUCUACAAGCAAUAAAGACAAUUCUAUAAAACCAUUUGUCACGUCUUGUUAUACUAUUUCAAGGAAGAAGCGGUCUUUAACACAUAGUAUACAUCGACGUAGCGUGUCCGAUUCUGAUGAUGUUAUCGACGUUCCGUCCCUCGAAUACGAUAAAGAUGCACUGAAUACUUCUUUGAAUACUACGGAACCAGAGUUCCAAAAUGGUUGGACUCAGGAGGAAGCAAAUAGAACCUGUACUGAAAAUAUCCAGAAUGCACUUCCAGCUGAAUUACUUGCCAAUGUGGCUGGGCUGACUAAUGAGGACUAUAUCAAGUCCUGUAUUGAGGAUAUUAAACUAACUGCAGACACCACAUUUGUACAGGACACAGUGGGAGCAAUGCAGACUUACACUUUAAUGGAAGUUUCUAGAAAUGAAACUUUGGCUUUAACAGAAAUUAACAAUGGGUCUCAAAGCAUUUUGGAAUAUGUAACCAGUUUACUAUGUGCUAACAACUGCAGUGAAAAUGGAAAUUGCACAUCAAGCGUAUGUUCGUGUUACGAGGGUUACAUUGGAGAUGACUGUUCAAUAUCAACUUCAGUUGCUCCUUCUAAUAUCAGCUUACCCUUAAAUGGUUUAUGUGGAACACGUACUAGAGCCUGUGCAAAGACAAAUAUAAUUGGCACGUUCCCAUCGCCAGAUGUAUGGUGCAAGCGAAGACAUUUCCAGAUAUUGAACGAUUCAAUGGUAUAUACAUCUAACGCAGAUGUUGUAAAAGCUGAAUACAGAAAUGCUUUCAUGGUAUCCGUCGAUUUACAAUCAUCCAGACGAAAACGGUCAUUACCAGAAGUUUUAGACGCGGAAGGAUAUGAACUAAGUCUGUCCAAUGAUGGCAUUCAUUUUGGAGAAUCUGUCAAUAUCAUAAUAUAUGAUGAGGAGUGUAGUUCUUGUAAUGCAACAUCUGUCAUAUGUGUAGUUUUGGAAUCAUGUCCAGAUAUGACAACACAAAUUACCGAUGCUACAACUGAACGAUCUUCAACAAAGCAGGAAACCACAACUGAACAGAUAACUACUGCAGACAAAACUUCUACAGUGUCUGAACCAACAACGAUGGAAGAGAAAACAACCACAAUCCCAAUAACAACAACUGAAGAGAAAACAACCACAGUCCCAAUAACAACAACUGAAGAGAAAACAACCACAAUCCCAAUAACAACAACUGAAGAGAAAACAACCACAAUCCCAAUAACAACAACUGAAGAGAAAACAACCACAGUCCCAAUAACAACAACUGAAGAGAAAACAACGACAAUCCCAAUAACAACAACUGAAAAGAAAACAACAACUCAUGAGAAAACAACAACUGAAGAGAACACAAAAACAGUGGUUUUAACGACUACUGCAGAGAAAGCAUCCAUAGUUCCUAUAACGACAACUGAAGAGACAACAACUACUGUCCCUAUACAAACGACAACAGAAGAGACAACAACCACUGUCCCUAUACAAACGACAACAGAAAAGACAACAACCACUGUCCCUAUACAAACGACAACAGAAGAAACAACUACCAUUCCUGAAGUGCCGACAACGGAAGAUAAACAAAAAAACGACAGAAUAAUAUACUAUGAAGGAAUAAUGGGCAGUGCCAUUGCUGCUUUUCUCAUCCUGGUUGGUAUUGUGUUGCUCUGUUGCAAGAUAAAACUAUCCAAAUCAAGAUCUUCUGACAAGACAGAUGGAAUAAUUCCAGUCAGGAAGUUUGAGAAUUGGACUAUCUACUCAGGUCAACCCAGAAAGUCAGUAAAGGAGAUUCCGAAAAAUUUGCUGAAUUUUGGGUUAGCAACAAGAUUUAAUAGCCGCGGAAAUCAACAGACAGGGCCUUAAGUUAUCAAGGCUGGUACAGGAUUGGGGAAAUGUUCGCCAAACUUGACUAACAUUUAUGUAUUAGGAGAGUUAGUGAAGUUAGAGAAGUUGGCGAACCAGACUCAUAUUCAGAAUAUUGCUAAUAUGCCGAACUUGGCGAAUAGUGAUGUUUUCGCAAAGUUGACGAUCUUAUGGAACAUUCAGAACUUUCACGUAAUCCUGUACCUGUAUGAAGUUAUGACAAAAGAAAGUCGUAUAUUGUAAUUUUUAUAGAAAUCUUAUAUAGCGUGUUGAAGAAAGUACUUUUAAAUGUAUAACAAUUAUUUACAAGUUACUUAAUACUAGUUAUCAUGAUUAUUGAAUCUCUUCAGAAAAACUCCUCCCGCAUGAAUCAAUUCAAAGCAACCUUUUCUAAUUUUUGAGGUAAGGACAUUGUUUGUUUCCUUGUUUAGUCUAGUCUUCAACAAAACAAAAUAUUUUUCAAUCAGUCUUCGCCAAGUUUAGUUUUCAGUAUUAGGAUUUACUUAGUCAGCUUAGGAAAAUAUUAAGUUUACUGGAUUUUUCUAGAUCUUUAAGGGCUGACUCUUGCGUUGGCUUUCCAUUUUGAUAUACAAACAUAGCUUCAAAAUGAAAUUUACACAAAUAAACAACUGAUAUGCAAAUGAAAAUGUUCGCACUUAUUAGUAAUAAUACAGGAAAGUGAAACUUAAAUACUAAUUGUAUUUUACAAUAAAAAUAUAUAUAUAUCGCUAUUAGCUAGAAUAAGAAUAAUUAAAAAGUUGCAUACAUUUGUACAAUCAUUUCGAGAAUAUAACUGUUUUGAAAUUUAUGUGUUAAACUGUUUUAUUCAGCAGAGAAUAUUUAAACUAAUUUUGCACUUUUUGUUUGCGGAAUACCAUCUUUUCCGCAAGUUUAUUGUUUUCUGUUUUGGUAUUAAAUUAAAAGUUAAGAUCCAUUUUGUUACAUCUGGUGAUCCGUUUAUUUGGCAAUCACCAUUGGCAGUCAGCAGGGUUUAAGAACAUCCGUUGUUCGACCUGCUAGUUAAAUGCGUUUUGUUAAAAUAUAUUUUUUCACUUUUUUGGUCUUUUGGAAAAUGUUGUUUGUGCUGUAUUUAUACCCCUCUACCAAGAAAUUUGUUUUGCAUGCACACGUAUAAAAAUUGCGGUUUUUAUCCAACGCAAUCAUAGGUUUGAACGUUGUUUUAAAUUUAGACUUGUAUAUAUAUAUAUAUACAGAUGUACUUAUAAAUAUAAUUAUUUCUGUGACUGUAUCUUGCAUUAAUUUGUAGGAUCCUUUACAAUAGAUAUUUCAGCUGAUCUGUAACUAUUCCAUCUUCAUGCCUUAUAUAUCAUGUACUGUAUUACGACGCUAGAUUAAAACUGACGAGGAAAGGUAACACCCGGCCACCGAAAGCUUUAUUAUUGUGAAGCCUAGGUGGUCGGGUGGUCUAGCGCGUGGGAUACAGUGCAGGCGAAUUGGUGUCACGAUAUCUCAGUAGCAUGAGUUCGAAUCCCGGCGAGGGAAGAACUAAAAAUUUGCGAAAGCAAAUUUUCAGAUCUAACAUUGUUGGGCUGAUGUUUAGACGAGUUGUAUAUACAGAAUGUACACAGCCAUGUAUCACCAUUACUGCUGGUGAUCCGAUGGAUAAAUCUGUUGUAGAGUUGUCACUGGUUCAGACGUACUUAUAAAUAUAAUUAUUUCUGUGACUGUAUCUUGCAUUAAUUUGUAGGAUUCUUUACAAUAGAUUUUUCAGCUAAUCUGUUACUAUUCCAUCUUCAUGCCUUAUAUAUCAUGUACGGUAUUACGACGCUAGAUUAAAACUGACGAGGAAAGGUAACACCCGGCCUCCGAAAGCUUUAUUAUUGUGAAGCCUAGGUGGUCGGGUGGUCUAGCGCGUCGGAUACAAUGCAGGCGAAUUGGUGUCACGAUAUCUCAGUAGCAUGAGUUCGAAUCCCGGCGAGGGAAGAACUAAAUAUUUGCGAAAGCAAAUUUACAGAUCUAACAUUGUUGGGCUGAUGUUUAGACGAGUUGUAUAUAUCUAUAUAUAUAUACAAGUCUAAAUUGAAAACAACGUUCUAUCCUAUGAUUGCGUUGGAUAAAAACCGCAAUUUUUAUACGUGUGCAUGCAAAACAAAUUUCUUGGUAGAGGGGUCUAAAUACAGCACAAACAACAUUUUCCAACAGACCAAAUGAGUGAAAAAGUAUAUUUUAACAAAACGCAUUUGACUAGCAGGUCGAACAACUGAUGUUCUUAAACCCUGCUGACUGCCAUUGGCGAUUGCCAAAUAAACGGAUCACCGAUGUAAUAAAUGGAUCUCAAUUAUAAAUUGAAUACUAAACAGAAAACAAUAAACUUGCGGAAAAGAUGGUAUACCGCAAACAAAAGGUGCAAAGGUUUUUGUACACCAUAUCCGGAUUUCGACAAUUAAUGUCUCUUCAGUGAUGUUAGGAAUCGAAACGGCAUUUGGAAGGCCAUAUAAUUUACCUUAAUUUAGGAUAGACUCUUGAAUUUUGAAAGAGUCAAAAUAGGAUGAACGGAUCAUAUAAACCCGAAGGCAAAUAUAAUACAAGCCCAAACGAAAAAAUAUAAACAAGUCUAAAUUGAAAACAACGUUCUAUCCUAUGAUUGCGUUGGAUAAAAACCGCAAUUUUUAUACGUGUGCAUGCAAAACAAAUUUCUUGGUAGAGGGGUCUAAAUACAGCACAAACAACAUUUUCCAAAAGACCAAAUGAGUGAAAAAGUAUAUUUUAACAAAACGCAUUUGACUAGCAGGUCGAACAACUGUAUAUAUAUAUAAACAAGUCUACAUUGAAAACAACGUUCAAACUAUAUAUAUUUAAGUCUAAAUUAAUAUAUAUAUAUAAUUACUCUAAAUAAAAGCACAAAUUUGCAGACUUAACAUUGUUGUGCUGUUAUUUAGAGUAAUUAUGAAUAUAAUAUCUGUUUUCGGCCGUGUAUCACCUUCAUUGGUGAUCCAAUGGAUGGAUCUGUCGUAGAAUUGUCACUUGUUUAGACGUACUUAUUAUAUAUAUACACAAAUUUUUGCACCUCAUGUUUGCGGUAUACCAUCUUUUCCACAAGUUCAUUGUUUUCUGCUUGGUAUUAAAUUAAUAAUGAAGAUCCAUUUUGUUACUUCUUGUGAUCCGUUUAUUUGGCAAUCGCCAAUGGCAGUCAGCAGGGUUAAAGAACAUCCGUUGUUCGACCUGUUAGUCAAAUGCGUUUUAUUUAAAUAUACUUUUUCACUUUUUUGGUCUUUUGGAAAAUGUUGUUUGUGCUGUAUUUAGACCCCUCUACCAAGAAAUUUGUUUUGCAUGCACACGUAUAAAAUUUGCGGUUUUUAUCCAACGCAAUCAUAGGUUUGAACGUUGUUUUCAAUUUAGACUUAUAUAUAUAUAUUUAUAUAUUGUUACCAAACAUUAUUUUGUUGUUGAAAUAUAAGUAGUAUGACUAUUUAACUUUGUAUAUUG